AUGGAUUACUUGUAUCUCACGUUUUGCGUAUUCAACGCGUACUUGUCCUACACCGCCACCAUGCUGAACAUUGUAGCAAUCUACGCGAUCAGAAAGACUUCGCCUUUGUCCAAAAAUUUAAAAACAUUGCUCUUGAGCCAAGCAGUUUCUGAUCUUGGUGUUGGUUUACUAGCUCAGCCAAUGGUUGUUGCACAAGCUAUGGACUCAAAACAAAACAGUGAAACCAAACAUAUCGCUCGUCUUAUCCUAAUGAAUCUCUCGAUGUUUGCGACGAAUCUCUUCAUCUUUGCUACAUUGUUUAGCGUCACGGCUCUCUGUGCAGACAGAUUUUUGGCAAUUCACCUUCACCUCAGAUACCAGGAACUUGUGACUUACAAGCGCCUUGCUACUGUAGUGGUCUCAAUUUGGGUGAUAAGUGCACUUAUUUCACUGAUCAGAUUUUGCCUCCCCAAAAAUAUUAUGUGCGUGAGUUUCGCCAUUAUUGAAUCUGCCUGUAUUUUAACUGCGACUUUCCUGAGCGCCAGACUUUACCUAACUAUACGACGCCACAUAAACCAAAUUCAAGUCCCGCAAGUAGCGCAGAAUGACCAGGGAGAAAGUGUUCAAAGAUAA